UUCCGCAUGGGCGAAGGACGGCUUAGCGCCUGGUCCAGCUGCAGCCCGCUAUCAACAGAAGGCAUCCAGCUGUUGCCCCUCAAGAUGGAGGCCAGGUGCUGCAUGUCCUGCAGGCCCAUUCUUUGCUCGUGUAAACAUACCUGCACCACAUUGGGACUUGGAAAACGAUGAAGACACCCGAAGACGCCAUCAGCCUGCAAGGUUGUGAUUUUCACAUCAAGGUAGCUGAGACGGAUGACGAGCAGGUGGUGGGAUGAAGUCGCGUGAGGGAUUUAACCUGUGAGCCCAAACCGGGGGUCAACAACUUGGCUCCUUCCACUGGGAGUUGCUCUACCUUUAUUUUUUUUCCCCCCCACAACAUUUUUGGGGUGUCUUUUUUGUCAGGGAGGCGGGGAUUGUGGGUGCAAAAAGAGGCGAGACGACAUGCCUCAGUUGUCAGGCGGCGGCGGCGGGGACCCGGAGCUGUGCGCCACGGACGAAAUGAUCCCGUUCAAGGACGAGGGGGAGCCGCACAAGGAGCAGAUCUUCGCCGAGCUCAGCCACUCGGAGGAGGAGGGAGACCUGGCCGACAUCAAGUCGUCGCUGGUCAACGAGUCUGAGGGAAGCCCCAACAGCAACGGCCACGAUGCGGCAAGACAGUCCCAAGACUCGUAUCACGAAAAGCACAGAGAGCAUCCCGACGAUGUGAAACAUCAAGACUUGUACAGCAAAGGCCACGGGUACCCGAGCUACCCUAGCUACAUCAUGAUGGGCAAUAUGAACGACUCCUACAUGAGCAAUGGCUCCCUCUCGCCGCCCAUGGCCAGAACGUCCAACAAAGUUCCCGUGGUGCAGCCGUCGCACGCCGUCCACCCGCUCACCCCGCUGAUCACGUACAGCGACGAACACUUUGCUCCGGGAUCCCAUUCCGGUCAUCACCCUCAGGAUAGCAAACCACAAGGAAUGUCCAGGCAUCAUGUAGGACCUGACAUUUCCAACUUCUACUCGCUGUCUCCAGGAGGAGUGGGACAGCUCACGCCGCCACUGGGAUGGUUCUCCCACCACAUGGUCCCCGGACCGCCGGGUCCUCACGCCACAGGGAUCCCCCACCCGGCCAUCGUCAACCCCCAGGUCAAACACGAGCCCCUGCACGAAACCGACAUCAUGCACAUGAAGCCACAGCACGAACAGCGAAAGGAGCAGGAGCCCAAAAGACCGCACAUCAAGAAGCCGCUCAACGCCUUCAUGCUUUACAUGAAAGAGAUGCGCGCUAACGUGGUGGCCGAAUGCACGCUGAAGGAAAGCGCCGCCAUCAAUCAGAUCCUGGGAAGGCGGUGGCACGCGUUAUCUCGGGAAGAGCAGGCUAAGUAUUACGAGUUAGCCCGCAAAGAACGACAGCUCCACAUGCAGCUCUACCCUGGCUGGUCUGCCCGAGACAACUAUGGGAAGAAGAAGAAGCGGAAGCGGGAGAAGAUCCAGGAGUCGGCCGCAGGUACGGGCCAGAGAAUGAAAACGGCGUACAUCUGAGAAAAUGGAGGAAAACGGAACAACUUCUCCACAUGCAAAGCGAAGGCAGCCGCUGCGGGGCCUCUGCUCGAGAUGGAGGCCUGCUAAGAUUCCAUGAAGAGCCUCAGAGGACCAGUACCCCCACCCCCCCUCCGCCUCCCUUAACUACCCCACCUGCCCAUCACUUAUCACCUGACACCCCCGAAAAGUUCCACCUCACAUUCUCCUUGCUGGAAAGACACUGACUGAACACGACAAUCACCAUCACUCACGUUCUUUCACUCAAAGCGUCCGCGUGUGUGUGUGUGUGUGUGUGUGUGUCACUUCCUGUACACACAUCCGCGCACACAUAAACACACACCACCUGCACACUCCAACUAAGUUAUUGUAAGUUAUUUGUUACCUCUUUUGUCAAAUUCAGGAGCAAGAAACCUACAGACUAUAACAAAUAAAUGAAAGGUUGAAAAAUAGGUAAGCACAAGUAUUGGUGAUAAAUGUUGACUAUAUUUUUCCAUAACUGUAGUUUGAGGCCCUGCUCAAUUGGUUCGGGUCGACAUUCCGGCGACCAUAUUGGGGUUCCCGCCCCCUCCGACCAAACGGACCAAUCAACUCUUGUAGAUUGCACUAAGGAAACAAGGAGGGAUCUCGUCUCAUCUCAUCGCGACACUUUUUUUAUUUUAAAUUUGUUUUAUAAGUUGGACCAGUUGGUUGGCCAAAAGGAUCAACCUUUUUUCAUUUUCUUUUUUUUUUUUUUUUAAUCCUGAGCCCUAGUUUUUAAUUUCAUGGUGUACAUUUUUUUUAAUAUUGUUUUUUUUAUAUAUAUAAAUAUAUAUAUAUAGUGCAAAAUAUGAACGUAAGCUUUGGAAACACAGGAAAGCCAUUUCUUCUCUUGAAAGCUUGUUUUUGUUUUGUUUUUUUCAUAAUCUUACAAUCUAAUGCUCUGUGUCUGUGUGGGUGUACUUUUCCUUUUUCUUGGGGGGUUUUUUUUUCAGGCGACAUGCGAGAGUGAGGUCUAUAUUUUAUUGAUGGACAAACAGACAAAUGAAGCAGAUAUUAUAUAUUUACCCCAGCACUUGGCAGUCUCUUACAUUGCAAUGGACCUUUAUUUUUUUUCCUGGUGGCAAAAUAGUGAGCUCUUCAGUUUUUGUUUUGUUUUGUCCCCGCUCCCACCACGCAAACAUCUCUGUAAUUAAUAUUUCCUCUAUUUUACUAUUGCUCCACGAUGAUGAUGACUUUAUCCCGUGUUGAUAUGAUUUGGGGUGUCUGUUGUCUUGGAGAAGCACUUUUGCUUCCCAAGUGGUCGUCUUUGAACUGUUUCCACAUUUUUCUUUUUUGUUGUUUUUUAAGAAAAAUCAAUAAAAAGGCACCAUUUGCUCAUUUGA